GACGGCAGGCAAUAUGUAUAAUGCGGUAAUAGCGCAAAUAAUCUCUCCAGCUGCUCUCCCUCCAGUCUCCACCAAACCAACUCUCUAGCUUAGCCCCUUAAGAGAUGCCUCUCGAAAAAACUGGGAGUGUCGGGCGCCGAAUCAGUGACAAUUGUACACUUAUGACUUAAGGAGGGAGCGGUUUCUUGUGACACGGAGUGAUUCAGUCUAAAGUAACCGUCUUGUCAGGUGCAGGUAAACGAGUGGAAACGACUUCGAACACCCUCUGCGUCAGGCGCGGGCGCGGGCGCGACAGUCUGUGUGCACUCGCGUAUAGCUUUCGGAUAGAGUUUUUGAUGUGCCACUGAGGUGGUAAGAGAAGAUGUGAAUUCACCUGCUAGAGCACUGUGACCACGCCGCGGAGGACCAGGUAGGUCUUUAAGCCGCAGAGCGCCGAGAAGUUAUCGUCCGAAAUAUGAACGGGGAAUUUUGCACCGACAAAGACUGUUCUCGGAUUAGAAGCCGUUUUUAUCAUUUUGUCGGCACUGUGGAUUACCGAGCGUUUUGAUUAUGUGUGCACCUCGCAUACCCACCCAAAGUGAGCGAAGACCUCCACAGGCUCCAUGCAAAACGAUGCAUGAUGUGCUGAUAUAGCUUCAACGAUGUGAAACGUUAUCACUGCACACAAUUACAUAUUUGUUUUGGGGUACACAUCUUACUCACCACAAAAGUGUGGAUAUUUUCGAAAUACUUACCUGCGGAAGUGGAGAGGAUUCGUUUUUAACAAACUCAACUACUGACAUCAAGGAGAGAAAGAAACGUGGAUUUUACAGUGAAAUUGCAGAACGGAGGUGCUUAUGAAAACCAACCGUAUCGUCAUUUAGCCAUUCUCUCCAAAUCUAUUUGAUGUCACAAGGGGCUGCUGCUGCUGCUGCUGCGUCGCCAUGACGACCGAGGACUGUCCCGUGCCACUGGGUGUGUCCCAGUCGGGGGCGGGGCUCUGCGAGGACUACGGCCCGACGCAGGCAGACGACAUCAUCGAGGAAGUGGGCCCGGCGGACGACGUGAGCAGCGACCUGAGCACCCUGGUGAUGCCCUUCCCGGAGCUGGCACCCGUCGUCUUCUUCUGCCUCAAGCAGACCACGUUCCCACGGAGCUGGUGCAUCCGCAUGGUGUCCAGCCCAUGGUUCGAGCGAAUCAGCAUCAUGGUGAUCCUGCUCAACUGCGUCACCCUCGGAAUGUACCAGCCCUGUGAGAACAUUGACUGCACCUCCGACCGAUGCCAGGUUCUACAGGCGUUUGAUGCCUUCAUCUACAUCUUCUUUGCACUUGAGAUGGUGGUGAAGAUGGUGGCUCUGGGGAUCUUUGGCCGUCGCUGCUACCUUGGCGAUACGUGGAAUCGACUGGACUUUUUCAUCGUGGUUGUGGGUAUGCAUGUGAUGGUUGAAUACUCCCUGGAUCUCCAGAACAUUAAUUUCUCCGCCAUCAGAACAGUGCGAGUUCUAAGACCACUCAAAGCCAUCAACCGAGUUCCCAGCAUGCGUAUCCUGGUGAACCUGCUGCUGGACACUCUGCCCAUGCUGGGGAACGUGCUGCUGCUCUGCUUCUUCGUCUUCUUCAUCUUCGGCAUCAUCGGCGUGCAGCUCUGGGCCGGACUACUGCGCAACCGCUGCUACCCAGAAGAGAACUUCACCCUCAACUCAGGGAUCACCCUCCCGGCGCCGUACUACCAGCCUGAGGAGGACGACGAGCGCCCCUUCAUCUGCUCGCUGGCGCAGGACAACGGCAUCGUGUCGUGCCGGGACGUGCCAACGCGGCGUGAGGGCGGCCGCGAGUGCUGCCUGGACAAGGAGGACGUGCUGCACCGGCAGGCGCUGGGCCUGGGCCCCGAGCCGCUGGUCAACAGCAGCGUCGGCAUCAUGGGCCUGUGCGUCAACUGGAACCAGUACUACACGCGCUGCCACACGGGCUACAGCAACCCGCACAAGGGCGCCAUCAACUUCGACAACAUCGGCUAUGCCUGGAUCGUCAUCUUCCAGGUGAUCACACUGGAGGGCUGGGUGGAGAUAAUGUACUACGUCAUGGAUGCCCACUCCUUCUACAACUUCAUCUAUUUCAUCUUCCUUAUCAUUAUCGGCUCCUUCUUCAUGAUCAACCUGUGCCUGGUGGUCAUCGCCACGCAAUUCUCCGAGACCAAGCAGCGCGAGCACCAGCUGAUGCAGGAGCAGCGUGCCCAGUGCCUGUCGUCCAGCACGCUGGCCUCGCUGACCGAGCCGGGCGACUGCUACGAGGAGCUCUUCCAGCUGGUGUGCCACAUGCUGCGCAAGGCCCGCCGGCGCUCUGCCGCCCUGUACUACACGCUCCGCGGCCGGCCACCUCCGCCCGGCGGGGGGAGAGGAGGCAGGGCAGGCAGGGGUGGUGGUGGAGGGGGCAGUGCCAAUGGAGGGGAGAAGCACCACGGGCAUUCAGGCCAUGUGUCUCACUGUCUGCAUCAGAGCAAGCUGGAGCACAGCUCCCAGGCUCUGGACAACGCCAUCUCCCUCUCUGUCACCUCCAACCCCGAGGACUGCCCCCAGUGCUCCGCCGCGCUGUCACUCAGGGAAGGGGAGGGAGCCAUGGGCGACUCGGCCAAUGGGGAGGACGAGGAGGGGGCUCUGGAGGAGACGGACAGGGAGGAGAACCACUUAGACGAGAGGAAGGAGGACGACACGAGGCCCAAGCGGCGGGCCAAGAGGAGGUCCUGCCUGGGCUUCUGCAAGCACGUGUGGGACGAGAUGCGGGUCAGGCUGUGGAGUAUAGUGGAGAGCAAGUACUUCAACAGGGGGAUCAUGAUCGCCAUCCUCAUCAACACCAUCAGCAUGGGCAUCGAGCACCACAACCAGCCUGAUGAGCUGACCAAUGUCCUGGAGAUCUGCAACAUAGUCUUCACCAGCAUGUUUACCUUGGAGAUGAUUCUGAAGCUGACUGCUUUUGGGUUCUUUGAAUACCUGCGUAACCCGUACAACAUCUUUGAUGGCAUCAUUGUCAUAAUCAGUGUGUGUGAGAUCAUCGGUCAGGCGGACGGUGGUCUGUCCGUGCUGCGGACCUUCCGUCUGCUGCGUGUGAUCAAGCUGGUGCGCUUCAUGCCCGCCCUGCGCAGACAGUUGGUGGUGCUCAUGAAGACCAUGGACAACGUGGCCACCUUCUGCAUGCUGCUCAUGCUGUUCAUCUUCAUCUUCAGUAUCCUGGGUAUGCACAUCUUCGGCUGUAAGUUCAGUCUGAAGACGGAGGCCGGGGACACGGUCCCCGACAGGAAGAACUUCGACUCCCUGCUCUGGGCCAUAGUGACCGUGUUUCAGAUCCUGACCCAGGAGGACUGGAACAUGGUGCUGUACAACGGCAUGGCCUCCACAUCUCCGCUGGCCGCCCUCUACUUCGUGGCACUCAUGACCUUCGGCAACUACGUGCUCUUCAACCUGCUGGUGGCCAUCCUGGUGGAGGGCUUCCAGGCCGAGGGAGAUGCCAAUCGCUCCUACUCCGACGACGACCGAUCCUCCUGCAAUUUCGACGAGACUGACAAACAGAAGGAUCCCCUCCAGCUUUCAGAUCCAAAAAUCUGCACCCUCACUCCAAACGGGCAUCUGGACCUGGCGCCGUCCCCGGCCACUGUGGGGCUGUUCCCGGCCGAGCAGCUCACCUUUGCCCUGGGCCCCCGCAAGAGCAGCGUCAGCUCACUGGGUCGGACCGGCCUGGAACAAAGGCCGCUGUGUCCAGGACGCGGCUCUCUGUACCACACCUGGGGCCGGCCCCUGCCCCAGACGUUGUGGCACCGCCGCUCCAGCUGGAACAGCCUGGGCCGCCCCACCCGGGCACUCGGGGUGGGUCUUGGCGGCGGUGGAGGUGGUGGUGGUGGGGGAGGGGGCAGCCUACGGCUUCGCGGCCCCCCUCAGUCCUACCUGGCCGAGCAGGAGUCCCUGCUGUCGCCUCCGCCCCUCCACCUGCCCCCGCACCUCCUCUCCCGGCACCUCUACCCGCGCCGCGAGCGCCGCGCCUACUCCCUGGAGCUGCCCGAGCUGCUGCAGGUGCCCCCGGGGCUGACCGGAGGGCCGCUGCUGCCCCUGCCCCCGCUGCACGCUCGCGUGCCGCGCAAGAAGAGCUUCUCGGAGGGCGUGGCCAUCGAGCACCAGGACUGCAAUGGCAAGACGCCGCUGUCGGCCCAGCAAAGGCUUCUCACAGAAGUCUAUCCCCAGGUCAACACGCGCAAGGACAGGGAGGACCUCGAUGACGAGCUGGACUAUAGUUUGUGUUUCCGGAUCCAGAAGAUGAUCGAGGUGUACCGGCCCGAGUGGUGUGAGGCUCGGGAGGACUGGUCCAUCUACCUCUUCUCCCCCCGGAACAGGUUCAGGCAGAUGUGUCAGUCCAUCAUAGCGCACAAGCUGUUUGACUAUGUGGUUCUGGCCUUCAUCUUCUCAAACUGCAUCACGGUGGCCCUGGAGAGACCAAAGAUUCUCCAGGGCAGUCUGGAGCGGGUGUUCCUCACCAUAUCCAAUUACAUCUUCACCGCCAUCUUUGUAGGGGAGAUGACACUCAAGGUGGUGUCGAUGGGGCUGUAUCUGGGCGAGCAGGCCUACCUCCGUAGCAGCUGGAACGUUCUAGAUGGCUUCUUGGUCUUUGUAUCGCUCAUCGACAUUGUGGUUUCCAUGGCGGGCGGGGCCAAGAUUCUAGGUGUGCUGCGGGUACUCCGGCUCCUCCGGACACUGCGCCCCCUUAGGGUUAUCAGUCGAGCUCCGGGCCUGAAGCUGGUGGUCGAGACGCUGAUCACUUCUCUGAAGCCCAUUGGAAACAUUGUGCUGAUCUGCUGCGCUUUUUUCAUCAUCUUCGGCAUCCUCGGAGUCCAGCUUUUCAAAGGGAAGUUUUUUCACUGCCUGGGUCCAGAUGUCAAAAACAUCACCAACAAGUCCGACUGUCUCCUGGCCAAUUACAAAUGGGUCCAUCACAAGUACAACUUUGACAACCUUGGGCAGGCUCUGAUGUCCCUGUUCGUCCUGGCCUCUAAAGAUGGCUGGGUCAACAUCAUGUACCAUGGCCUGGACGCUGUGGGUGUGGACCAGCAGCCUGUGACCAACAACAACCCGUGGAUGCUGCUCUACUUCAUCUCGUUCCUGCUCAUCGUCAGCUUCUUCGUGCUCAACAUGUUCGUGGGCGUGGUGGUGGAGAACUUCCACAAGUGCCGCCAGCACCAGGAGGUGGAGGAGGCCAAGAGGAGGGAGGAGAAGAGGCUCCGCCGCAUGGAGAAGAAGAGACGGAAGGCUCAGAAGUUGCCCUAUUACUCCAGCUACAGCCCUGUGCGUCUGAUGAUCCACAACCUGUGCACCAGCCACUACCUGGACCUCUUCAUCACCUUCAUCAUCUGCGUGAACGUGGUCACCAUGUCCCUGGAGCACUACAGCCAGCCUCACUCCCUGGAGAUAACACUGAAGUACUGCAAUUAUUUUUUCACCACAACCUUUGUGCUGGAGGCUGUUCUGAAGCUCAUCGCCUUCGGAGUCCACCGCUUCUUCAAAGACAGGUGGAACCAGUUGGACCUGGCCAUCGUGCUGCUGUCGGUGAUGGGCAUCAUACUGGAGGAGAUCGAGAUCAGCGCCGCACUGCCCAUCAACCCCACCAUCAUCCGCAUCAUGAGGGUGCUACGCAUAGCACGCGGUAAGGCCUUUUCACCAUCACUGCCCCUUAGAUGCCUGGUGGGGAACCUGGGCCUCCUCUUCAUGCUCCUCUUCUUCAUCUAUGCCGCUCUGGGAGUGGAGCUCUUUGGAGAACUGGUCUGUAAUGAGGAGUAUCGCUGUGAGGGGAUGAGCCGACACGCCACCUUUGAGAACUUUGGAAUGGCUUUCCUCACCCUCUUCCAGGUUUCCACUGGGGACAACUGGAACGGCAUCAUGAAGGACACUCUGCGCGAGUGCCCGCCAGGCACGGAGUACACGUGCAACCCCAGCCUGCAGUUCAUCUCGCCCAUGUACUUUGUGAGCUUCGUGCUGACGGCGCAGUUCGUGCUCAUCAACGUGGUGGUGGCCGUGCUCAUGAAGCACCUGGACGACUCCAACAAGGAGGCGGCUGAGGAAGCCGAGAUGGACGCCGAGAUCGAGCUGGAGAUGGCACAGGCCACCCUCUGCUGCAUGGGUGGCGCACCCGGAGUGGCCGGGGGCAACAAGGGCCGGACUGACCAGUGCGGACUACCGGGGCCCAGCACCGGUCCCCACACCCAUUCAGCCACCCCACACGCCAGCCCCCGCGAGCCCCGUGGUGACCCGCACCGGAUCUACUCACCUGCCCAGGAGAACCUGUGGUUGGACAGUGUGUCUCUGCUGAUCAAAGACUCCUUCGAGGGCGAGAUGCUGAUGAUUGACAACCUCUCGGGGUCCGUCUUCCACCACUACUCCUCCCCUCCCGUCUGCAAAGACUGCAAGACUCACCCGCAAGAGGAGAUCCGAAUGGCCGAGUUGGAGCAGGCUUCCUUGAGGUCCGAGCAGCUCUCGGACAAGUCCUCAUCGCCGGCGCUGCCCGACAACCUCAGCCUGGACGAGCAGAGCGUCUUUCAGCUGCUGGUCCAGGACAGCAAGGAUGAGGAGGACAUCCACAGCUCCGUGGAGACAGAGGCCCAUCAGGAGGGUUGGGACACGGCCUCAGACCCACGGCACUCCCACGGCCACUGCUCUCUGAUGGAGGUGGGGGAGGCGCGGCCGGAGGACAAGGCCCAGAAUCAGCUGCAGCAGUCCAGCCUCUCCCUGCCGGAGCACAGCCCUGGUCGGGCCGAGAGCAGCAGUAGCAGCACCAGAGAGGGCGGGCGUGUCUGUGAGGGGAGAGGUGCUGGGUGCGGAGGCUCAUCGCCCAGUCCCUUCCAGCUCCCAGCCGAGUUCUUCCACCCGGCUUCGGCAGCCAUCCCGGCACCGCCCAGGGCCCGGUAUGGCCACCGGUCCAAGCGGCUGAGGAUGACCUCUCCCGCGUCCUGGGCCUCGCUGCGAUCUCCAGGAGCCAACAGCAGGAUGCUCUGCACCCAGUACCCCUCUCACAGUGACUCUUCUCUGGCCACGGGGAGCUCCGAGGGCAGUCUCCAGACCACCAUGGAGGAAGGCCUGAGCUUCAGCGUGUCGCCGCCUCAGGAUCUAGAUCUUCCCCUGCCCUCACACUCCCCCUCCUCGCGCGACUGCGGAGACGCCGGCAGCCCGCACCGCAGAGACACCCUGACGCCCCACACCACCGCCACCUCCGUCACGUUCAGCCUCCAGGCCACCAGGGGUCAUCAGAGGAGCCAGAGCAGCUGCGGGGGCAGCACCAGCCCCGGUUGCCACCGGGAGGAUUCAAUGGACCCCUCCGACGAGGACCUGGGCAUCGUGAUUGGCGGUUGCAGCAACAGCGAACAGUUGUCUGAGACACUGAGCAGCCUCUCGCUCACUUCCCUUCUCUGCUCCAGCUCACUGCUGCCCCCAGUGGUGAAGAAGAGCAACAGCACGGGGAGCCUGGACCAGGGCAAUCUCUCCGGCAGGGGGAAGGACGCUCGGCCCCAGGUUUACACAAGCAACCCCUGGUCAGACCAGAGGAUAGGCAGGGUGGAGGUGGAGGGCGAACAGUCAGACAUGACAGAACUGGAGGGGAAGAGUACAAGCCAAAUAACAGUAGUGGCCUCCAACAAAAACAGAUGAAACCUCCCAUUUUGGCUCCUUCUCAAGGUCCGCCACUAGCCCUGUUUGUCUGUUUGGCAGGGUGUGGUAUGACACAGGAUGUUCCAUAUUAAAAAAACAACAACAACAACAAAAUUUCUCUUGCUCUCCCUCUCUCUCUAUCUCUCUGUCUUCUCAUUUGUUAACCCAUACCUCUUUUGUACUUUCCUGGAUAGCAGCUCCAGCUCAGUCAAGGGGGUUACAGGUGAUGCUGCGUAGCAGUUGAGACCGGAGAGGCUCUGGGCCUGCCCUGAUCAGGGGACUGGAGGGGGAAAGGGUCCCGCUUGAGUACCCAGAGAAUGGAGGACAAAAGACCAGCCUUUCUCAAAGCAGAGAGAGAGAACGCCUGGAGCCACAACUUUGCAAAGGGUGGAUGCCAGAGAGAUCACUGCGAUCACUGUUUCAAUCUCUUACAUAGACUGCACGUGGCAAGCGUGAAAUCAUUGGAAGAGAUUUGAUAUGUAUGCAAAGGGGGCUACUCUUUAUGAACAGACAGGCUUUUGGUGAAGGACUGGAGUGUUUUGUUUUGUCAGAGGGAUGCUUCUGUUUUCACAUUCAGAAGUGAGGGCCGUUGUUUGGAUUGUGAUCGCAUUUUGGGAUGUGCAGUAAUGAUGAAUGUGAGCAGACAGUUAAGGUAGCAAUUAUGCCACACUAUAGGUGGUUUUCGAUUUAGAUUUAAAUGUCCAAAUAGCUUAAAUUGUCUUUAUUCUAGAAGCAAGAGGAUGUUGUCCGGCUUGGGCUUUCUCAUCAGCAGGACCCUGACAGGAAGUGGUUGACUCCCAGGGAAGAAUUGCAAAGAAUCACCACCAAGGAAGAACUGCUUUGGAAGUAAAAGAGGGGCAGUGUGUCUGAGAGGCAUCGAGCAUGCUUAUCUCCCAGGAGGAUUAGGAGACAACUCUAGCGAUGCAUCCAUUGGAAAAUGACUUGACGGCAUGAUGGUAGCUCUCUUUUCAAAAGAGCAAGUUGCGUUUUUUGUCUCCCUGUUUUCAAACAGAAAAUCAACAUGAACAAAAUGUUAAGAAGCCAGUAAGAUGACAGAGUGAUUUUUAUUUGGAUAUUUUUUAUAGAGAUCUAAAGGCAAAGGAAAGAAAGGUCUAGUGUUGUCGUCACCACAUUCUUACCCCUUUCCCUGUUUGGUUCCUCCAUUUGACUUGAACUUAUUUUCUGCAAGUGGCUUCCAGUUUUAUAAAUUUUGGGGGGAUUUUGGGAACUUUUUAUACAGUGGGGGGAGACGAACAACCAAGCAAAAAAAAAAAAUGAAGAAAGUAAAAUGCGCUGAAGAUAAUUGUCCCUUCGCACAUGUCGGACUGCCGUUUCUCCCAGCAUUUAUAGUCAAUGCAGAAGAGAAUUCCUGGAGGAUAGUUUUUUCAGCACAAGUGGGCAUUUGUAUUCCAUUGACACCAUUCGAAGAGCUUGAAACCUUUCUUGCUGUUAUAUGCUGAAACUAAGAUUUAGAAAAUGCUGGUGAUUUUGAAAGCUUUAAUUUGAGUGUCAUAUGCCAUAGCAAGGUUUAUUAGAUUUGCAACAAAACAAAUUAUCACUACUUCAUUGUUUUAGCAUGAUUAUUGGAUUGCAAAAGAUGUGUCUUUUACUUGUCCUCCUACAUUAUGCACUCAUUCCUCUUUGAAAAAGAUCAGUAUCUAUCUUAGAUUGAUCUCAGUCACAGUAUUCAUGUACAAACUGAGCAUCUUUUAAACCUAUAGGUAUGACACUCAAAACACUCAAGUUGACUUUUUUUUUAUCUUAGACUAGUGUAGCAUUAUAGUAUACCUGGUGUGCUCCUUUAUAAGAUUCAGGUGAUCAAAAGACUUAGGGUUGACCUAUUGAUGAACUUUGUCGUCAGUCAGUAGUGAUCGUCUUUAUAAUGUGGGGAUAACAUUGAGUGGUUAAUGUGUAUCAACUGUCUUGUGUUAUAGAUCCAAGAAAUAUUUCAAAAGGUUAAUCCUAUAAGCACCAUUAUCAAGGGUAUUGCUUGUCAUGGUAUCAGUGGCGUGAUGGAUUGCAUAGGGUUUUGGCAGAUCAAAAAGUUCAAAAAGACACAACAAUGAAGGGCUUUAUCACAUUCCAAGAUUCUUGGAGUUCAAAAGACAAACUCUAUUGUCAGUAUAAAAGACGUUAUCAGUAAGUCUGAUUUCAAAGCAAUAAAGGAUAAGAUUUGAGUGUGCCCUGGAUGACAAGUAUGAUGUCACAGUUCACUUGAUAUAAAUAGACUAGCAUUGGUAAGAGAAUAUCCAAUUUCUACAAGAGUAAAAACUUGUGGUGUAGGUCUCCUAUCUUUGUCCAAUAAGGGACAGCUUAGCUCUAGCUUCUAUCUUUCUCCAAAUGAUGGACCAACCCAAACCUCUCUUAAAAACAAACCUUUCUAAAUGCCAACCAUUUUAAGGCUGAGCUACCUUUUUCCUUCAUAGAUGAACUAUUGAGGUCACUUAGAACUCAGGGCCAUGGUAAAAACCACUAACAAGCCCCGCGACUCGUGGCAGUACGCUACACUGGUUGUAACUCGGUCUUCAGGGCUCAGAUGGAUCAAUCCCAUUCAGUAGAUAUUAGCUUAUGAGUGGAAACAUAUUACCCCCCAAACCCCAUUGCAUUUGACAGUUAUGAAG